UGUGGAAUUUUCCGUAAAUGUUUAUAACGCAGUGAAUUAUUAUCGUCAAAUUAUUAUGUGUCACAAAUCACUAGUGUUUCAAAUAUAAUCCAAUCUCAUGUGAAAUAAUAUAAAAAAUAAAAUAAAACUAGCAAGUUUUUUUCUAACACAGUUUGUUUUAAAUACCUUUGUUUUAAAACCCUUUGAUUAACCUGUUCGCGGUUCCUGAAGGGUUGGCAACAUACCCAUUUAUGCAGCUGCCAUAUCGUUUUUAAAUUCGCCGCUUCUGUUGAAUUCGUACCGGUGUUUUCAGGCCCAUAUAUUUUCCCGCAUUGUUUGAUGCAGAAAGCGAACUCUAGAACAAAAUAGAAGAGCAAGAAUUGCAUUUUUGUUCAUUUUAUUACGUAUUAAUUCGCAAAAAGCAAUUGGCGACAAAAAAGUAAAAGUGAUUUAGAAGUUUUCGUUUCUCCAUAUUUUGUGAACUGUGAAGAAGAAAGCGAGUUGCAAAGCUGUUUUCCAUACAAUAUAAAACUAGCCACAGCGAUAUUAAUGCAGCCCAGAGAGAAAUAAUAGUAACUUUGAGAAAAGUUAUCUCAAGCCUAAAGCAUUAUCAGACGUCGUUAAGAAGAAUAAUAAAUCGUAGAAUUGGCAGUUAAAGUGCAGCAGCAGAGAUAACACUCGAGCAUUGGGUGAAACAACGGUGAAAAUGAGUUCCUACUCGCACGCGGAUCCUAUAGCGCUUAGCUUUAACGACACAUGCCUUCGUAUGAGCGAUGUACAAUUACUGCAGGGGCCGCAUUGGCUGAAUGACCAAAUACUUUCAUUUUACUAUGAAUACCUGGAAAAAGUUAAAUACAAAAAUAAUCCGGAUUUAUUAUUUGUCGCACCGGAAGUAACACAAUGUAUGAAACUGACAGAUGAUGAUGAAUUGGAGACAGUACUAAAUCAAUUGGAAGCGCCUCGAAAACAAUUUAUAUUCUUUGCACUCAACGACAAUGAAUCCACACAAGCGGGUGGUACACACUGGUCACUCUUAGUAUUUUCGCGACCGGAAAAAACGUUCUUCCAUUUUGAUUCAUGGGGCAACAAUAACUCGUUAGCAUCACAACAAUUCGUCCAUCAAAUUAAAGUUGCCUUGAAUUGCCGCCAAUGCCAUAUAAAACCAAUACGUUGCCUGCAACAAGCAAAUGGUUACGAUUGUGGCAUACAUGUUAUCUGUAUGACAGACAACAUAGCCGACUAUGUGAACAGAUAUGAGUGUGUGGAGGGUGUUGGACCACUGCAUCAGGAUAUAAUAAGCGCAAAACGAUCCGAACUACUGAAAUUAAUUCAAUCGUUGGGAGGAAAGGUUUAAAAAAGACAAACAUUUACACAGGAUGAAGAAUUGAAGGGCUCCACUGCAACAAUAUGUGCAGUGAGAUAUAUAUAAUUUGUUAGCGGCUGUUAAAGAAAAUGACGAAAAAUGAUCGCUAGAACGUCAUUUAUUUUUCUAUUAGGAAAGCACAGGGAUAGUUAUAGAAAAAAAAAAACAAAAACGAAAAUAAAAUAUUAGUAUCUUCUGUGUUAAAAAUUGCAGUGACAUAUAAAAAAAUUGAUACAAUACUUGCUUGAAAUAUAAUUUUGUUUUAUACAUAAGUAUUUAAUACGAGAUAUUAUUCACUUUGUGAAAGAGAAAAAUUUUGAUUUGAAAAAUGUAGACAUUUUUUAAUUUCCAAAUUAAAAUCCUUUUGAAAAGGUAUUAAAUAAAUAAAAUAAAUAUGAAACCAUAAUUUAUAUUUAAUGUUAAGCGAUUUAUAUUUACCGAAAUGCCCGUUAUAAAAUUUAUGUAACUAAAAUACCAUAAGUAUAUACAUACAUAGACAUAUAUAUUAAUGAAGGCAUGUGAAAAAGCAACAUUAUAACCCUGUAAUAUUAGGCUAUAUUAGUUUUAUGCUUCACGAUUUUUUCACAACAUUGAAUUGCCGCUUAGUUCCUACCGCUAACUAUUUCCUUAAAAUUGCUUAUAGCAAAUAUAUGUAUGGUUUAUUUUUGCCAAUCUGUGCCAAGCACGUUCUAAAUACACAUGGACAUUCUCGAAAUAUGUUAAUUAAUAUUACUUUGAAAUGUUUUUGCAUGCAACCCAAUCUGCUUUAUAUGAACUAAUGCAUACAAAUAUUGUAUGUGUUUAAAACCGCAUUUCAUCCACUUUUAAUUAUAUUCGUACACAUUUUUUUCAAUGUUUAUUUAGUUUUAAAUAUAAUUAUAAAACACACUGUAUAAUUAUUAAUAAAAACUACACACUCGUAUCCAUAACAAA